AUGGAUUCUACAAGAGCGAAUCAACUUGAGAUGGACGUUGAUGCACCUACCGGAAAUCCUUCAGGUCAACAUGCUAACAAUCGAACUUUAAGGAGCGCUGUCGUCCAUACUCAUCAAGACGAAAGGGACGGAAUGGAAACAUCGGUUUCAUCAACAACAUUAGCCGGUCUUCCUCCUGCGCAAGCUAACAACCCACCAGUUGCGCAAGCUAACAACCCACCAACUGCACAAGCUAACAAUCCGCAGGUGACUCCUAUCGACUUGACAUUGCAUGAGCGUUUCCAGGAAUUGGAAAGGGAAAACAAGCGACUCAAGGUUGCAUUGGAGAAAAGAAAGGAGCUUGAAGAAGCAACCAUUCCACAUUCCGAAAGUGACAGGUCAAACCAUCGUGCUCAUCGAGAACGAUACGACCCACGCAGAGGGGACGAAGUUCUUGACGAUCGUCGGCUCAGUCGAAGUGAUGCAAGAAGAAGCGAGGAUGUCAGGAACGUUUAUCAAAGUCGCGAUCACCAUGAUGACGAUUAUUAUGAUCGUUAUGUGCCCGAUGAUGAUCAUUAUUACACGGCCGAGCAAGAUAGGCGAACCAGAUCAAGUCGCAAGAAACAUAGACAAAGGGAUGAUCAUAUCAAUGAUGAUCACUCGAAGAGGUCUAGACGUGAUAAAGACCUUUCUAAAAGGAGAAAGGAGUCUGUCAGGAAUGAGCGGAUUCACAGAGAAACUGAGGGAAACUCGGUGAGAGGCGAAGAACUCAGCAAAACAAGGCUUAGUGAAAUGAUUGGUGAGAUGUUAUCCUAA